UUCAAUGUGUCAACAAGUAACGAUCUAGAAGAAGCCUCGGCAAAUUGCUUGUUUACAAGUGAGAAGAAGAUGGAUAUUAAGAAGAAGAGCUGCGUGUGGUGUGAAAAAGAUAAUCACUCUAGCAUAGAAUGUUAUAAAGUGUCAACAAUGAGUUUAGAGCAACGCAAAGAAUAUUUAAAAAAGAAGAAAGCGUGUAAUAUUUGCUUAAAGAUUGGACACUAUGGUAAAAGUUGUAAAACAUUCGUAAAAUGCCUCAUCUGUAAGAAGAGACACUCAACAUUAUUAUGCCAUCAAACAAUGUCGGAAGAUACAAAACCUGAAAAGAAUUUUGAGAAGAAAGAAAAUACUCUGAAGAACAAGGAAGACAAUCACCCCUCAGCUGCUUUAUCUUCGUGUACACCAACGGGGGUCACAUUGCUGCAGACUGUCGUUGUUAAUGUCUCACAUAAUGGAAAGAAGAUACCGAUCCGUGCACUGUUUGACAAUGGGUCCCAACGUUCUUACAUUCAACAGUCUGUAGUAGAGAAGUUGAAGAUACCGCUGGUGAAGAAAGAAGUUAUAAGUCAUUGCUUGUUUGGUGGAAUGGAAGUAAAUCCAAAAGAACACAGUUUAUAUAAUUUUAAUGUAGAAAGUUUGGUCAAUAACUUCAAUUUGGAAUUAACAGCUAUUAGUCAAAAUUGUAUUUGCACUAAUGUGCCUAAAGUAAAUCAAAAUGAUACAGAAUUGUUCAAAUUGUUAAAACAAAAUCAUGUAACACUGACUGACAAGGGUGAUAUUUCUGAGAUAGGUCUGUUAAUUGGUGCAGAUUUCGCAGGUUUUUGUAUGACAAAUGUAGUAAUCCAAAUGGGAAAUGGUCUGGCAGCUAUAAAAACGAAGUUGGGGUGGACUCUACAGGGAAAACAGGUGAGUGCAACAUUGAAUAAUUUUACAAGUACUACUUUGUUUUGUAGUAACAGUAAUAAUGAUUUAACAGGUUACUGGGCAUUGGAAACGUUGGGUAUUCGAGAUCCAGCAGAAGUGAAAUCCAAGGCACAGAUAGAAGAGGAAGUAAUGAUGUCCUUUGAGGAGAAUAUUGAAGUCAAUGUGGAGGGCAGGUAUGAAGUGCAGCUUCCCUGGAAGCCACAUUACAACAUCAUUUGCUACAAGUCAGUGGUCAGUACAGUGAGUCAGCCAAACUUCUUAACAGGUCAUUUUAUGUUGACAACUGCGUUACCAGUUUAGAUUCAGAGGAAGAGGUAUGCAAGUUUAUUUUUGAAACAAAAAAUAUUAUGAAUACUGCUAAGUUUGAGUUAAGACAGUGGGUUACCAGUCCGAUGCAAAUAAAUGAAACAAACGAGACUGAGAUUUCUUUAUUGGGACUAUUGUGGGAUACUACUUCAGACAAAUUAUAUUGUAAUACGAGAAGUCUAACUUUGCAUAAAGAUUUAGAGAAAGUCACUAAAAGGGAGUUGUUGUCAUUGACACAAAAGGUUUUUGAUCCGAUUGGUUAUACUUCCCCUGUAAUGCUCACGCCCAAAUUAAUAUUACAACAAACCUGGCUACGUGAACUGAAAUGGGAUGAGGAAUUGCCCUCUGAUCUACUGUCAACAUUUAAAGAUUGGUAUAAGUAUAUCCACUACCUCAAUGAGUGUCAAAUUCCACGCAGAUUGACAGCAGAUAAGUUAUCAGAGUCCAAUAUAAGUUUACAUCUAUUUUGUGAUGCCAGCAAGGACGGUUAUGGUGCAUGUGUGUUAUUGAGAGCUGAAAAAGGUGGUAAAGUGACAGUUCAACUGAUAUCGGCAAAGGCAAGAGUAACUCCUCCACGUCAAAUUACCAUUCCCAGAUUAGAACUAACAGCGGCAUUAAUAGGAUCACGUCUGCUUAACCAAGCGCACAAAAGUCUAGAUAUACUGGACUUACCUGAGUUUUGUUGGACGGAUUCCAACGUAGCUUUGUGCUGGAUAAAACGUGAAAUGCCCUGGAACACAUUUGUAGGAAAUAGGGUAAAAGAAAUUAGACAAAAUACUAAGAUUGAAAAUUGGUAUCAUAUUCCAGGGCCACAGAAUUGGGCAGACCUAGCUUCCAGAGGCUGCAACGCGAAGACUCUUCUCACUACUCGCUGGUGGGAGGGGCCAGAAUGGCUGCGUCACGCACCGGAGCUAUGGCCUCGAUCUGAAACACAGCUUAAUGACCAAACUGCAAACCUGGAACUAAAGAAAACUGUAUGUACUAAUAUAAAUACAAAUCCUAAUGAGGGGAUAUUACAUAAAUUACAAAAUAAAUUUUCUAAAUAUACUAAAGUAAUAAGAACUGUAGCUUGGAUAUUUCGUUUUACAAGGAAUACAAGACAGUUAAAUAAAAAGAAGGGAGAAUUGACAUAUAAAGAGUAUGAAAAAGCAGAGAAAGUUAUUAUAGGGUUGAUACAAGCAGAAGACAGGGAAUUGUUAGAAAAGACUAGUAGAGAUUUGGGAAAAUAUAAAGAUGAAGAGAACUUAAUUAGAAUUAAAACUAAACUCUUGUUGUCAGAUCUUCCAGAAUAUAUAAAAACACCAUACCUGGUUCAUGCA